UACAAUUUGAGUAAUAAGUUUUUAACAAUAUAUUCUUUUUAUCCUAACUCGAAAAAAUAUUCCUGAAACUUAAUAAAAUGAUAAGACAAAACAACUACUCUUCAAUUUUCUGGUUACGAAAAAGUUUUUCUUGAUGUGAUUUAUACACCCUUAGAGUUAGAGACAACAGGGUACGCAUUGAACCCCGCUUGUGGUUAGAAAUAAGGGUACAUUUACUACAGGAAACCAUAAUAUUCACAAAAAGUUAAUUACUGUAGCAUCUGCAAUAUGUCUCGUAAUAAUUAAUUGUUUUAAAAUUAAUUUUGCCCUAACUUACAAACUUGUUUGUUGUAAAUUGAAAUUCGAAACAUUAAUUUGAAUCAAAUUAUUAACCAUAAAAUAUGAUAAUUAUCUGUCAUGUAUCCCCACUUGGUGUCUUGCUCUUCUAAAGAACUUGGUGUAACAAAGGCUAUUGAAGAGAAUCCACAAGGAUUUAGGAAAGUCCUUUUAGUUUUUUUUUGCUUGGAAAAAGCGAAACAAAAACAAUAAAAGCAAGUAGAAGAUCGUUGCGAAAUAAAUAUCUAAUGAAUAAUACAGAUAUCACUUCAUUUUUCAACAUACCUAAAAAAAGAGGAGGUUGUCAAUUCGAUCGUAUUAUUUAUUAUGUGUAUGACACGCAUUUCUUUCCGCAGCUGUGAACUGAUUUUAAUAAUUCUAUUUUUAUUGUAUAGUAGGGCGAUUCCGUUUAAAUUUGAAGAAAAUAUUCUCUGACGGUGCACAAUUAGACAAUGAUAACAAAAUAGUUGGAGAAAUUAAUGCAAUUAUCUUUUAAUUUUUAAGUUUACGUUGGUGCCUUUAGGUUUACAUGUUAGGCAAAUAAGGGUAGAUGGUUUUUAUACGUCAGUAUAAAUAUUUAAAUUAUUACUUAUCCAAUAAGUAUCUAACAAACCCAAAAAGGGAUCGUCAUUAAAUAUCCUUCACAUUUACAGCUUUAAAGUUUCCGUUUCCGAUGUAUUGUUAUUGAAUUACAUUUUCUUUGUGGUAAACAUAAAAGACAAAAGCAAACGAAAUGGACGCGCCUUUUAAGAACAAAUGAAAUUCGAAUAGGUAUAUUCGGGUCUGCUACUAAGAGUUCACUAUGUAACCAACGAUUUAUUACCACAAAAACAUCACGAUGGGAGAAAAAUCUGAAGCUACUGCUGCCAAUAUCACACAAUCUCGUACUUUUUUGUGGAGUUCAUUCAAGGAUAAGGGCGUGGAAAAGCUUUACCAAAGUUACAGUGCCAAACAGAAAAGAUCUGGGUUGGAAUGUUUUCUCUUAGCAGCGAUACUAUUUGACAUUUAUCUAGUAGCCAUUUCGAGCGGACAAGACUUUCUCGUUGUUGGGGUGAUGGGUGGCUUUCUGAUAGCCAACUGUUUACUGUUGAUAUGGUGUAGGAGAGACUUCGACAACAAAACUGUUUGGGCCGCUAUGCCCCACGUGUCGUGGCAUUUUUCAAAUGCUCAACUAAUUGCUUCGGUUUUUCUUAAGAGAAACGAGGUGACUGCCAGCGAAAGUCUCGGAUGGGCUCUGCUUCUGGUCUACUUGAUUUAUCUCACCCUCCCGUUGCGUUUACGAUAUUGCGUAAUUCUAAGUUUGGGAACGUGUGCUUCGUACAUGGUGGUUGUCAUAAGAUUGCCCAAAUUUGAGACGCAUCUAGUGCAACAGCAUUCUGCAAAUUGUGUGUUGCUGAUUACUGCAAAUCUCUUGGGUCUCAUGUCAUAUUUCGUGGAAGAAAAGCAACAAAGAAAAGCAUUUCUAGAGACAAGGCAGUCGUUAGAGAUGAAAUUAGUUAUUGAAGAACAAAGCGCAGAGCAGGAGAGGCUUUUGCUGUCCGUUUUACCCGAACACGUGGCUGUCCAAAUGAGACAAGAUUUGGAUCUAACAGAUAGCCAGUUUAAGAAAAUAUACAUGAGCCGCCACGAAAAUGUCAGCAUUCUAUACGCAGACAUAGUGGGCUUUACUGCAAUAUCGUCAACGUAUUCAGCUCAAGAACUUGUUAAAAUCCUUAACGAGCUCUUUGCACGGUUUGAUAAAUUGGCUGAGAAGUACCACCAGCUUCGAAUAAAAAUCCUUGGAGAUUGCUAUUAUUGUAUAAGUGGUGCUCCCAAGGAGAGGCCUGACCAUGCUGUGCUCUGUGUUCACAUGGGACUAUCGAUGGUUAAGGCUAUCAAGUACGUUCAGCAAACUACGAAUUCUCCGGUUGAUAUGAGGGUAGGAAUCCACACGGGAGCCGUCCUAGCAGGUGUUUUGGGGCAGAGGCAAUGGCAAUUUGACGUCUACUCCAAGGAUGUGGAACUCGCCAACAAAAUGGAAAGCAGCGGAAUGGCGGGACGAGUUCAUAUCUCUGCGACUACUUUAUCUUUUCUGAACGGAGAGUUCGAAAUUGAACCGGCCUACGGCGAAAAGCGAGAGGAAGCUUUGCGAAUAGCUGGAUUAAAGACCUACUUCAUCGUCAGAGUUUUAAAACCCUUCCAACCUGAUGUUAAAUCAGAAAUUCAAAACGGAGGAAAAGUCAUUGCCGACGAAGAUAGUUGUGUUAUUGCCGAUUUAGCAUCUGAAUCACAGGAAGACACAACGGACAAUACACAUUUAGGUCUUGGUCGAAAAAGGGAAGGGUCUGAAGAUUUUAAAAGCAGAUUAAAAAAAGAGCUUGUUAGUCGAGAUGGUCAUAAAGAAUUAGCAAAGAACACCAAAUUUAUUACUUUAAGUUUCAUUAACCCCGAAAUCGAUAAGGCCUACCAUCACCACAUGGAAACUUUUUCGAGCGUUACCUUGCAAUCAUUUUUGGUUGUGAGAUUAGCGACGGGUAUAGCUCAAUUCAUUGUUCUUCCAAGGAGAACAAUGAACUUCCUUUCCUUUAUUAUUGGUGAUAUAGUAUUUAUGGUGAUAUCAGGAAUAUCAUUGGUCGACUUUUUGCCAAAGCCACUUUGCGGAGAGUUCACGAAAUGUUUCAACAGAUUUUCAGACUCGAUGUUAAUGAAACAAAUAUUAUCUUUAGUAUGCAUUGCAUUAUUAACAACAGUGAAUAUAAUAGACUCGUUCUCCUGUUCAAUCGUUCGUCCUUGGAACGAGAACUGCGUGAUAAUCCCUGAGGAAACUGACAGGUCAUGCAUGUACCCAUCGUAUUUCAGUUAUUUCGCUGUACUUAUCCUGAUAGCUACCUCGUUGCCAGCCUCGCUGUCUUAUCUAUGCAAGGCUGCAAUAAUGGCUCUGAUAACUUCACUGCAUUGCGUUGUAAAUAUGCUAAUGUUAAGUAAUGCCUUUAAUUGUGCAGAAUUACGAAGAGAUUGGCCUAAUUUUAUGAGGAAUAAAUUUGCCCUGUCGGCGUUAUUAGUUACCGCAACAUUCACCCUUGUUCUUUUAGCCAGACACAUGGAACAAGUGGCGAGGGUCUUAUUUUUAUGGAGGUCCGAGGUGGAACGUCAAAAGGAAACGGCCGCCGACAUGAGGCGUCGUAAUGAAGCUUUAGUAUACAACGUUUUACCCCCACACGUGGCAGCUCACUUUAUGGGCAACCGGAAACGGUCGUACGACGAACUCUAUUCGCAAAGUUACGCGGAAGUCGGAGUACUUUUUGCGUCAAUGCCUAAUUUUUCUGAUUUUUACUCGGAAGAAACGGUAAACAACCAGGGUUUGGAAUGUUUGAGAUUCUUAAAUGAAGUCAUAUCCGAUUUCGAUGCUUUGCUGGAACAACCCCAAUUUCAGGAUAUUAUAAAAAUAAAAACAAUCGGUUCGACCUACAUGGCAGCCAGCGGAUUAAACCCCUCACGUCAAGUGAAGCCCGACGACCCCAUCACUGUACGAUGGUCUCACUUAGCCCUUUUAGUCGAAUUCGCCCUAGAACUGAAAAGGGCCUUACAAAGUAUCAACGAGCAAAGUUUCAACCACUUUGUGUUAAAAAUGGGAGUCAAUCACGGACCUAUUACAGCUGGGGUAAUUGGAGCCCGGAAACCCCAUUACGACAUCUGGGGCAAUACUGUAAAUGUAGCGUCCCGAAUGGAGAGCACUGGAAAAGCAGGUUGUAUCCAGGUAACUGAAGAGACCUGUAUGAUACUACAACAUUUUGGUUACCAAUUUGAGCAACGAGGGUUAGUUGCUGUAAAGGGAAAGGGCCAAUUGAUGACCUACUAUUUGAUUGGGAAAACGGGUAAAAUAACUCCUCCAACUGCACCCAUGUCUCCGUCAUUAGGAUUGUCGGGAAUGGAAACUGUUGCCGAAGAAGAUGAAUCGAAAGAAAGUCUUAUAAGCGAAGAAAAAACAAUUAUAGAAUGCACGAUAAUACAAAGAGAUUACAGAAGUGACGAAGAUGGUUGUAACAGUGAUUUAGACGUACCCGUUUACAGCACACCUUUGAUAAAUCGUCAUAAAGAAGACGAAAGGGUAGGAUCGGAAAAUGCGUUACUCCUGAAUUCUGAAUCUCAAUUUAUCGAAUGAUAUAAUCAGUAAAAAUAAAGGCUUUAGAGCAUUUUAGUGCUCCAAAACAAAAAUUAAGAACGAAAAUAUGAAAUAUCAACAGAAUACAUUAUCAUUACAAAUAUUUCAGUUGUUUUAAUGGACACAAUAUGUCCCUUUAACUAGCACAACAUUGGGCAAAUGAAUUUAGAAAAUGACGAAAUUAUAGACUUCUUAAGAGUUAAUUAAAUGCCAUGGUAAAGUUAAAUUUUAUACUUUCUUUUUCCUUUUUAAUGUUACGCACAUCUUAAAGCUCUCAUGACUGAUUAGCUAACAAGCGCAUAAUAUAAAAAAAAAGAAAUUAUCAAAACAAUCUUGACGAUGGAACCAAAUUAGCUGCCAAACAAAACAGCCCCCAUUCAGCAUUUUUGAAAUUAAUUUUGGCCAUUUCGUAGUGCAAUCUUCAAAGUCAUAAUAUAAAUCGCAUUUAGUUCCAAAACGAAUACUUAUAUUAAGUAUAAAUAUUUUACUGGUUACAUAAUAAGCAAGCUAUGACAAUCAUUAUAUUGUAUAUUACUUAACUUACGAUUAGUACAAAACUAAUUUGUUUGGAAAUUUAUUUCAAGAAAUCUACAGAGAAAUAACAAACGGUAUUCAAAUCAUUAUAACUAUAUUAACCCUGUAAAAAUCAGGAGCUUUAAAAACUUAAAUUUCCUACAUUAGGGGGUUCCGUAGCCGUGGUUCAUUAUACGGAGUCUUUCAAAUUUUACUUUGUAGUUAUUGAAUCAUUUAUUGCUUUGAAUACUGUUGUUGAAGCGCCUCCACCGUAAUUUCUGAACUGUCGAUGUAAAAUGUUAAAAAUACUAAAAAUUCAGAAGUUAUUUGAGAAUAAGGGCUGUCGCAAAAGUCUAAAAUGUAUUAGAAAACCAAGUCAGUAUCAAAAACAAGUUUCUAAUUGAGAUCAUAAUCAAGAAGAAGCUGAAGACUACCUAAGAAUUUAGAAUAACUUUUGGAGAUAUACUUUCAAUGAAUAUGUCUUUACUUAAAACUAUUUGAGAGUACUGUAUUCAUUUUUAAAUAGUAAUGCUGAAAAUGGUAAACGGCUACAGAAUCCUGUUGUGGCUUUUGGCAUGAAUUUUAAAUAUUUAUUUAUUCAUCUUGAUCUGCGAUUGCUCCCUUAACUCCUGUUUGUGCUUCUAUAUUAUAUCCUUUGUUUUAUACCUCUAGCACUAAAUAAAUAUACAAAAAGAAACAUAAUUUCAACAGGGUAACUAACCUAAAUGCACGCACCCCUUUUUUUGGUUUUAGUUUUACAAUACCACUCAUUUAAAAGAAACAUUAAUAUCUGAUAGUUUUCACUAAUCUUCCAGAAUUAUAUUGAAAUUGAUGUGCACUAUUACACUCACAAAUUAAUUUUGUAGCAGUAAAGUGCUCUAUGCCAAAAACUGUUAUAAAAUAUGUAGUUUGACAGUAUCGUUGAGUAUCAGUCUGAAAUGAAAUAUCUAUUAGAACAUAGAAGUAAAUAAAUAAAUAAAUAAAUAAAUAAAUGAUUAUUAGAGAACAAGUGACCAGAUAUAUGAAAACUAUCUUAGAAAGUGCAACAAGUUUUACUACUUCUAAUUGUUAAUAUAAAGUAUUAUUUGAUUCAAAUGUUAGUGAUUUCAACAAUUUCUAUUACUCGAAAAUAAUGAUAAGAAG